AUGGAGUCUCUUAGCAACCUCGGCAACGCCAUGAGCUCGGUGCUUUCCGAGACAACGUCCACGACUGCGACCGCAAUCCUCGCCGAUCCUACAGAAGCCCUCUCGUCUGUCGUCGCUCUUGCCAGCGAUGCGGUCUCGAAAGCUAGCGAUGUGGUUCCCGAACACACCCCGACUUCAUGGUUCACCAUCAUCCUCUGGCUGUUGCACCGCAUCUCGAGUGUGCUAUACUUUGUCAUCAAGCUGACCACCAUCACUACACCCACCUUUCUGUUCAACAUCUUUUCGACUAGUCUGACGGUGACCAUGAACGCUACUACGCUCGCCAUCAAAAUCUUUGGUUAUCUGGAAAGGCCGGUUUUCCAUGAACUGACCCGCAGCAUGCAGACGAGGAAGCUGAUCGCUGGCGAAACCCUCAACCUCGAAGAAGAACAAGGAUUCUGUCUUGUGGUCGACGGUAUGGUGGAGAUCUUUGUUAAAUCCGCCAGAGAUGGUCGACGCUCAAGCAGUGGCCCUUCGUUCGAGAGCGACGAUGAGGAAGGCUUUGCUCCGGGUCGCCAGCGCUACCAGCUUCUGACCGAAGUGCGGAACGGUGCCCCCAUGUCAUCACUGUUCUCUAUCAUGUCACUCUUCACUGAAGAUAUCCAGAUGCAUGACACCGACGACGACGACAGCCCCGACCCAACGCCUUCCGCUCCUGGCACCGCUAUGCCUGGUUAUCCUAUGAACGCCAACUUCCAACAGUCGAACGAUACCCUCCCGUCCAUCCCAGGUACCCCAUUGUCCGACAACCACAUCAUGCAACGUGGUAUGGCUUCGGCUGAGUCUCUAACAAUGUCUCCCUUAGCUCAUGAUUCUUCGAGGAUACCAACACUUUCUCUCGUGAACACUCGUCCUGCUGUACCCCGCCGGCCGGUACCGAAGAGGCUCAAUACCACUUCAGCCCAUCCAGAUAUUAUUGCGAGAGCGACAGUGGACACUACCAUAGCCAUUAUCCCCGCCAGCGCCUUCAGGCGUCUGAUCAAGAUAUAUCCCAAGGCAACUGCGCACAUCGUUCAUGUCAUCCUUUCGAGGUUUCAAAGAGUGACACUUGCCACUGCUUACAACUACCUUGGCUUGAGCGGCGAAGUAUUGCAGAUGGAGCGCAACAUGUUGAAGUAUACAGUUCGGCAACUCCCUAAUCAUCUCAGAGGAGACGCUUUGGACAGACUCAAGGAAAAGUUCAAGCGGGAACGGGAAAGAAUUGGAGAGAAGGAGGUCGAAAAGGGCAUUGCUCUUCACAAUGCGCAUGCCGCCCGCCGACGUCGUUCGGCUGCCUCCCUUCGAAAAGAAGUGGCAUUGCAGGCAUAUUCGAAAAGGCGGCAGAGCAUCGUCACGGCGACCCCUGCAUUCGGAACACGUCGAGAACGCCCAUCGCCCGACAUGCCUAGCCCUGGCGAUUUGCUCACGAAUACGCAACAGUUGAAGUCUGGGCCGGCAUCGCAGCUUGAUCUAGCGCGAGACGCUACAUCUCCUCGACCACAGCGAAAUCUCAGUCCCUUCUCUACUCCCCGAAACGCACAUGUCUCUCUUGACACGAGAGAAGCCCUCGAUGAAGACGACAUGUUCCGAGAGUCGGUACUCGAAUGCAUGUUCAGGGCCAUUGGCCUGACCGGUAACGGAAGUGUCAAUCCGGAUUCGACGCAAGCUUCCCCAAGAUUUGUUCCUACGGACCAGCGACGUUCGCGAGGUGGUCCAGGCCACACUGCUUUUGGCUUCAUGGAUGCCUUCGACCCGUUCGACAACGACACGGAGUCAGUUACCUCUUGUGGAUUUAGCUCAUCGUCACCAGUUCCUAAUCCUCAACUACUCGCACACGAUAUGAAGGACGAGGUUGAGAUCGUCUUCUUUCCUAAGGGCUCUGUCUUGGUGGAGCAAGGUGAGAGGAAUCCUGGUCUCUAUUAUGUUAUUGAUGGUUUCCUCGACAUUUGCGUUCCGGGCGACGAUUCAUCACAUGACCUCCUCCAGUCCUCAGCCAAGGUAGACCAUGGCCAUGACUCAGCAACUGGUGCCGACGCCUUUGGAGCCAAUUCGUCACGCUUUCCUGAACCGAACAUGAACAACAACUUUGGUGCUGAGCAGAAGAAAGGCAAGCAAGGUCGGAGGAGCGUGGCUCUGAUCAAACCGGGUGGGCUUGCUGGUUAUGUCGGUACAAUUUCCUCCUACAGAUCGUUUAUCGAUGUUGUUGCGAGAACGGAUGUCUGUGUCGGCUUUCUUCCACUUGCCUCCAUUGAGAGGAUCGUUGACCGUUAUCCCAUCGUUAUGCUUACUAUGGCCAAGCGGCUUACGGAGUUACUGCCGCGUCUGCUUCUGCACAUCGACUUUGCCCUCGAGUGGGUGCAGGUCAACUCUGGCCAGGUUUUGUUCCGCGAAGGCGAUGAGAGCGAAGCUAUUUACCUUGUCCUCAAUGGCCGGUUAAGACUGGUUGAAGAUCAAAAAGAGGGGGGGAUGAACGUCAAAGCUGAAUUCGGCCAGGGAGAGAGUAUCGGAGAGCUGGAAGUGCUGACCGAAUCCGCACGUACCGGAACUCUACAUGCAAUUCGCGAAACUGAACUGGUGAAAUUUCCUCGCACGCUUUUCAACAGCUUAGCCCAGGAGCAUCCCAACAUCACUAUCAAAAUUUCCAAAAUCAUCGCAGCUCGAAUGAGGGCCUUUAUCGACGAUCCUUCACGCAUGGGACUCAAAGAUAACGUGGUUCGGAGCUACAAGAGCUCUUCGACUCUAAACCUGAGAACCGUGGCAAUCUUACCUGUCACCGCGGGCGUUCCUGUUGUCGAGUUUGGCAAUAGAUUAAUGAACGCCUUGUCACAGGUUGGGCCUCCUAACGGCGCAACUUGUCUAAAUCAAGCAGCGAUUCUGAAUCACCUCGGGAAACUCGCAUUCAACAGGAUGGGAAAGCUCAAACUGUCGCAGUACCUCGCGGAUCUAGAAGAGAAAUACGGACUCGUUGUCUACGUAGCUGACACGAACGUCAACACGCCAUGGACCCAGACGUGCAUUACGCAAGCUGAUUGUUUACUGUUUGUCGGCCUUGCGGACAGCUCCCCUGAAAUCGGAGAGUAUGAGCGGUUCAUGCUUGGAAUGAAGUCAACGGCCCGAAAAAUCCUCGUCCUCGUUCACCAAGAGCGCUACUCCAACCCUGGUCUGACGAGGCAGUGGCUGAAGAACCGAAUGUGGAUCAACGGAGGCCACUUCCAUGUGCAAAUGGCAUAUACCUCCAACACUGUGCCUAUCCAUCCGCCCACGAAACGGUUCGGGCCAAGCCUCAAGCAGCGGGUUCAGAUCUUGCAGGCAGAAAUUCAAAAGUACACCUCCAGGAAAGUUCGCCAUGUUCCCUUCUACUCUCCCGAUGCUCCGUUCAAGGGAGACUUUCAUCGGUUGGCGAGGCGGCUGUGCGGCAAGUCCGUGGGUCUGGUCCUAGGUGGUGGUGGCGCCAGAGGCAUUGCGCAUGUUGGCAUCAUCAGAGCGAUGGAAGAGGCCGGAAUCCCCAUUGACAUGGUCGGAGGAACGUCAAUUGGAGCCUUCAUCGGCGGGUUGUACGCCAGGCAUGCAGAUGUCGUUCCCAUCUUCGGUCUAGCCAAGAAGUUCGCUGGACGUAUGGCCAGCAUGUGGAGGUUCGCUUUUGACCUGACAUAUCCGUCCGCCUCCUACACAACCGGCCACGAGUUUAACCGCGGCAUCUUCAAGACCUUUGGAAAAACGCAGAUUGAAGAUUUCUGGCUGGAAUACUACUGCAAUACCACCAACAUCAGCAAGAGCCGAGUCGAGUUCCACACCAGUGGUUACGCAUGGCGCUACAUCCGAGCGUCCAUGUCCCUGGCGGGUUUACUUCCACCUCUGUGUGACGAAGGCAGCAUGCUUUUGGACGGCGGCUACAUCGACAAUUUGACUGUAUCCCGUAUGAAAUCUCUCGGUUCGGAUGUCAUUUUUGCUGUUGACGUCGGCUCGCUUGAUGAUAAUACGCCGCAGGCCUUUGGCGACUCUCUGUCUGGUGUAUGGGCAUUCUUCAACCGCUGGAACCCAUUCUCAUCGGUACCCAACCCGCCCACGCUGGCAGAGAUCCAGGCCCGCCUUGCGUAUGUUUCGAGUGUCGGUGAGCUAGAGAGGGCAAAGACGAUGCCCGGAUGCAUAUACAUGCGGCCCCCGAUUGAUGACUACGGAACGCUGGAUUUUGGCAAAUUUGACGAGAUCUAUGGGGUCGGGUACAAGUAUGGCCAGGAGUUCCUCCAGAAGUUGAGGGAGCAGGGUGUAUUGCCUCUGGUUGAGGAGACAGAGGCGAAGAAAGCGUUACGGAGAACGAUGGCGCCGAGGCGCGCGAGUAUAUAGUUCCCAUCUCUGGUCGAGUUGCGAUGGCCGGUUGGGAAGAGUCAAAGAGGGGUAGAGGAUGGGCAUUGCAGUGGGUUCAUCACUUACACCAUGUACUGACUCGAAUGUUUAUUUACAUUCUGGUAUGCUUCGGUCAGUAGUAGAGGGGUUUAGAUAGGUUUCGGUGGCGUGAUCAGAAGGAAGUGUCAUGUUGAUGCCU